AUGGCUCCUUACACUCGCCAGUCUCGCCGUACUGGAGGCAGAAACAAGUCAGACACAGCUCUUUCAAGACGUGCUCAUUUGAUGUCUUCGCGAGCAUACAAUCCAAAGGAGAAAUCGCCUUUCACUGCCAGCAAAAUUGAUGGAAGUGUCAUCGGCUUCAAAUCCGUCGAGCAGCCGAAGACAAUUCUUCGGAUCAGGCUCCGGAAGAGUGCGCUUGGACCAAGUGUGUCGCUAGUGACUAGCUCAGUCAACCCCUACAGCUCAAGCCGCCCGGGUAAGAAGAUUAAAAGCAAGGGAGGCUCCCUAGAGAGCUGCACCGAUCGCCUCAUUUGGCUGCAACGACUUCGCCCUACGCCGCACCGACAAGCCAAACUUUUGGAAUCUCAAAUUUAA